UCGGAAAGCCCGAAAAUACUCAAUCUCCUGAGGGGCAUUUCCGUCAUCAAAUUGUUCAAGACAAUUAAAAUCCCCUCUUUCAUAAUUUCUCUCUCUCUCUCCCACCCCCUUCUUCUUGUGUCGUGUCUGACGGGUUUCACUUGCAUAGCUAGCAAAGCUAAAGAGUUUGCAAGAUGGGGAGCAUGGAUAGCUUUUGGCAGCUGGGGGAUUAUCUUCGAGGACAAUCAAAAGCCUCAGAGGAUAACCAUUGGCUGAUGGUUGCCUCUAAAUUGGCUGAGCAGACGAGGACAAAGGGUGAACGCCUGAGCAAUCUUGAUCUUUCGAAGGGUCCAGCUGAAAUAAGGACAAGGGAUAAAUUUGGUUUCCGGGAAGACAACAAAUUCGAGAACCUUAACUUCAAUAUGUUAAACUUGGACUCCAAGAUUGGAGAUAAUGUAAGCAAAAGCUCAUUCCGAAAUGGUACCUACAAUAUAAAUGCUGUUUACCAGAAAAAUAAUAGCAAUAGCCUGGGAAACCUGGCUGGCAACAAAUAUAGCGGCAAUAAUCAUAGCAGCAAAUAUGUCAAUAAUAACAGCAGCACCAGCAAUAACAACAGCAACGAGAACAGUGCAAACAAUGCUGUUGACAAACGGUUCAAGACAUUGCCUGCAGCUGAGACACUCCCGAGAAAUGAGGUGCUUGGAGGAUACAUUUUUGUUUGUAACAAUGAUACAAUGCAGGAAGAUCUAAAGCGGCAGCUAUUUGGUUUACCACCAAGAUAUAGGGACUCUGUUCGGGCAAUUACACCUGGCUUACCUCUAUUUCUCUAUAACUAUACUACUCAUCAGUUGCAUGGUAUUUUUGAGGCAGCAACUUUUGGGGGUUCUAACAUCGAUCCAACUGCUUGGGAAGACAAAAAAUGCAAAGGCGAGUCAAGGUUUCCUGCUCAGGUGAGAAUCUGUAUUAGGAAACUCUGCAAGGCAUUGGAAGAGGAUGCGUUUAGGCCAGUCUUGCACCACUAUGAUGGCCCCAAGUUUCGUCUCGAGCUCUCAGUUCCUGAGACGUUGGAUCUAUUAGACCUUUGUGAACAAGCAGGUUCUCCAUAAGCCAAAAGUUAUCUGAGUGCAAAUGUGCUAGGGUUAAGGGCUUAAGGCUGCCUGCUUUUCGCAGAUUUUCCAUAGAGCGCAAGCUGUGGGUUAAAGACCAGUUGGUGAAUCAACUCAGGAAAAGUGGGAAAUGGCGUUAGCCACCUGAAUAAAAUUGCGUUUGUGUCUUGUGAAAGAUACUUUUUUAAACUUUUGCAUUAUAUUUUUAUGUAUUAAAAAUCCUAUAUAGAUAGAAUUGCAAAAUGUGAAAGAGAAUGACUACUAUGUGUAAUGUUUAAAGUCCUCAAGAAAUGAAGGCCUUGAAUUUGAUGUC